GACCGGGAUCACGGCGGUACCGCCGCCUCGCCGGGAUGCCCCGUCCCGCCGCCCGGACGGCGGGACGAGACGGGACGGGGAGAUCCCCGCCGUCGGGGAGGAAGGCAGCUCAGCACCCGAAAUGCAUCACAGAGCAUGCUUAAAUUAAGCACAAUAAAGUAAAUUUUGGGACCUCGCGGUACAUGGCACUUCCCAAAUCCCUGCCCUGAGAACUCAUCCCUGGCACCAUCCAUGUUACUGAAAUCAGUCUGGCUCUUCCUUAGUGAGGAUGAAGACCCCGCCCCAACUCAUUUGUGACAGAAGCCAGUCAGCAGUGUGCUGUUCUUACAAGUUAGGACCCUUUCAGAUAUUCCCCUGCAUCAUCCCUGUAAGACCACAGGAUGGAAGAAUAAGGGGAAGGGGGAAGAUAAUAGUGCUCACACAACUGCCAAGCUCCAAACAAAACUGAGUUAGAUAUAGUGAUAUUUUAUGGUUCUUGACCUGGAUUCCGUUUCUGCUCAUCUUUUUCCAAGGGCAAACCAGAUCCUGUUAUCAUCUGGCUUGGAGACAGUGGUACCCCACCAUCAGGAACCUCAGAAUCUGGAUGACUCGUCACCUACCAGCCAGUUUUCACUCGUGUACUGGCCACACCAAUGUGAAGUCAUCAGGGACAGAAUUGAGCACAUUGAUUGGAUACCCACUGUCCCUGAGCCACUGUACACUCCAACAGGUUUGGAGAUGAAGCCGACAUACCAAACUCUUGACAAAGGCACUGUGAUUUAUCAAGGAGAAGAAGCUAACAAAAACUCCUGCUUUAUGUAUUCCCGAGUGAGAGGUCUCUGCCCCUUGAAGCAGAUCCUCCACCAGAAAGGGGACAACACACUGAUCUUCGAAGCACGGUUUGAGAGUGGGAAUUUGCAGAAGGUGAUCAAAGUAAAUGAAUUUGAGUACCAGCUGACCCUGCGCACCGACCUCUACACAAGCAGACACACGCAGUGGUACUACUUCCAAGUAAGCAACAUGCAGGCAGGGAUGCCGUAUCGCUUCACUAUUGUCAACUUUACCAAUCGUAACAGCCUGUAUAAACAUGGCUUGCGGCCGCUGUUGUAUUCAGAAGCUGAUGCUAAGGAACACAAGGUUGGCUGGCGAAGGACUGGAAGUGAAAUCAAGUAUUACAAAAAUAAUGCAGGACAAGAUGGCCGUCAGUAUUUCUCACUCACUUGGACGUUCCAGUUCCCUCAUGACCUAGACACCUGCUACUUUGCCCACUGCUAUCCUUACACCUACUCUAACCUGCAGGAGUACCUGGCGGCUGUCUCUAAAGAUGCAGUGAAGUCCACAUUCUGCAAGAUUCACGUCUUGUGCCAUUCACUGGCAGGAAACAUAGUGUACAUUUUAACUAUCACCAACCCCCUCAAAAGUGACAAGGGCACCGAGAGGAAGGCUGUGAUACUAACUGCCAGGGUGCAUCCGGGAGAAACUAACAGUUCCUGGAUAAUGAAGGGCUUUCUGGAUUACAUUCUUGGCGAUUCGGGCACAGCUCAACUGCUGCGGGACAAUUUUGUCUUCAAAGUGGUACCCAUGUUGAAUCCAGAUGGUGUGAUCGUGGGAAAUCACCGCUGUUCUUUAACAGGUCAGGACUUGAACCGCAAAUACAGAUCUUAUGGGAAGAAAUGUUAUCCCUCCAUCUGGUAUACCCAAAACAUGAUCAAAAGAGUGAUGGGGGAACGUGAUAUCUUUCUGUAUUGUGACAUCCAUGGUCACAACAGGAAACAAAAUGUCUUCAUGUAUGGUUGUGAGAGAAAGCAGCAAGCAAAAGGACCAUACAUGCAUCCACGUGUCUUCCCACUCUUGCUGAGCAAGAUCUGCCCAGAUAAGUUCUCGUUCACAGACUGCCGUUUCAGAGUACAAAAGAACAAAGAAGGCACAGGUCGAGUGGUAAUGUGGAAGAUGGGCAUCAACAACAGCUACACUUUGGAAGCCUCUAUCUGUGGCUCUAAGUUAGGCUGCAGACAAAGCACCCAUUUCAACAUGAAAGACUUGGAGUCAAUAGGACAGCAUUUCUGUGAUGCUCUCUUGAACUACUGUGUUCAUAACAAGGAGACUCAAGACAUUGAAACUCAACAUAAGAUAUUUAAGGUACCUGACCCACUGAAAAAAGAAAAAUUGCCAGUUGCAGCCUCUGCCAAACAAGUAGGAGAGGAUUUCAGCUCUGAGAAUCCUACCCAUGAUGGUAAAGGCAAUCUUGAAAAGCCAUCUGUGUCACAGAAGGCAGGAAAAAGUGUGUACCAUGAUAUGAUCCCAUCCACAAGAGAAAAUUUCCGUUCAUCCAGCUUUAAUCUGAUCACCCAGACAGUGAAGAAGCACAAUAGCAAAAGUGUCUCCAAGUCUGCAGAGAAGACAUUUCAAUAUUUAAAAGGUCCUGAUCGUAGUACAAAGAGCAACUCAAAAGAGGAAGAAAGGAAAAUGAAGGAGAGGCUCCCCUCAAAAAGCACAAGGCCCAAGAAAACCAGGACAACAAGCCCAGAAGAAGAGUAAAAGAGACUAAAGAAGAGCUGGGAAGGUUAAGUCCUGCCAGGCACAAGAAACACCACAGUUCUCUCUGCCAUAACUGCCUGAAACAGAGAAGAGACAACAUGCUGCAAAAUACUGGGGUAUAUUUUGCAGCCCCAGUUCUUUAGCCAAUGAAGGCACAUGAAAGUGGCAUCUAUCUGAUUUGCUUAAACAAUUCCCAAGACUUUGGUUAUGGAUUAUGACUCUACCAGUGAGGGAGAUACCUGCAAAUAUCAAAAUUCUUCUUGCUCUUUUUUUUUUUUUCUGAAAAAAUAGUUCACACACAUUUGCUAAUGUACACACAGAGUUUCUCUCACCACAUGAAGAAGUAUCCCAAAUUUUAAACCAGUUUAGUAGGGAAUCUCUUUUUAAUAUAAAGUAUGUUUGUCUUAAUAUAUACUGGUUUUGUGAGACAGACUCCAGGUCCAGAAAGAGCUCUGUGAAGAGCUACGGCCAGCAACCUCCUCAUGACACCUACAGAAGAAAAGCAUAGAGCUUCAUUUUACUAAGAUUUAUUUAUUUUUAGUUGUCAGCAGAUUACAGAUGAGAAAAAAAAAUAGUCAUUUUACGAUUUCAUCUAAAUAAAAGUGAUUCCUAAACAAUGUGGAAAAAUAUGAAGGGGACUCUAACCUCUCUCACCAGACUCUCACCAGUCUAAGGACUUCUACAGGAAUCCCUUGAGUCUGGUACAGUGAGGCAGUACUAGCUAUAGCCGAGAAGGUCUCUGAGCAGCUAGAGGAAACAAGAGUUCUGCUGUGGAGAUUCCCUCAGGCACGAGGACUAGGGUUAUGACCAGCUUCUGGGAAGCAAGUGUAGUAGCUUACUUUAACAACAAUAACUAAAAUAAGCAAAACACUUUUGAAAGUCCCAACUCGUCUCAUGCUUUACUUGUGAUUGCUGAUAUUACUGCUGACAGUGUUGCUGUGUGUGAUUUAACUGCGCCACAAGAAACCAAGAGCUCAUUCCCCCUGCAAAGCCACAUGAAUAUCUCCUUAGCGCACACAAGACAUUACAUUUCUAUUUCAGGAAACAAUUCCAGGAAGAAACAACUGCACAGGAAUUUAGUGGAAGCUGGCUCCUGGGAAGUGCUCUACUUUCCCACACACAGACACUAGGGCCCCAGCAGCCCAAACACUCCAUCCAGUCUCCCCUACCUCCAGGCACAUCUGUGUAGCAGCCCUGCUCUCUUUCUCCUCUCUCUUCCAUUCUUUCUUCAUGCAACAUGUUGAUCAUCUUCCUACUUACCCUUCCUCACACCUGUCACACUUAUCUUCCCCAACUGCUGCACCAUCAGAUAGAUUUUGAGCACCUGAAGCCAAAGGGGCAGCCAGGGGACACCUGUAAAAUGUCCCUAGGAAGGAGAACAGCAGGGCAUAGUGCAACCUGCCCAGCCUUCAGGCACAAUCUUCCUGCCCAAACGCCUAGGAGAAAGCAGAGGAACUACUUGCCAGAGAGGCAGCCGAAGAUGUGGAAGGAGGCCUCCAGAAUAAAGGUCAGUGGUACAAAGGGCAAGUCUUGAGCCAUGAGCCAGAGGCUGACUGUACCUCUCCUUGCUGGCAGCCUUGGCAUCCCAGCAGGUGUUACAAGCAGCAGAGAGUGAGACCUUGCAAGGAAGGAGACACAAGGCUCUUCAGGAAACACAAAGGAGCGCUUCUGCCAUAGGUGCACAAUCAGGCAACCAGCUCUGGCCAGGAAGAUGCCAUGCUCCAAAAGUAACAUUCCCAAAUGUUGUAUUUACUGCUCUGAGCAGCACAGAGCAGAGCAGGCCAGAGAGAUGGAGGUGUGUGUAAAGGGUAAGGCCGGGAUGUGUGGCAAUCUGUCACAUCCCUGAAGGCUGAGGCAUAGGAGAUGGGAAAGACUCCUAGAUAGGAGUGACUUCUGCCUGGCAGCAAAGUAGCAACCUCCCCUGUGGUGCGGAGGUCAGCAAGGAGCUGGCUGACCACCAGACCCAAAUCAUACACCCAUUUCCUUCCUGAAUGAUGGAAAAGUGAGUUGCAUGAGGCAAAACUGUGUAACCUCUCCUCUUGGGAGCACAAACACGCCUCCUGCCAAUGCAUGUUCCCUCACUGGGACACAGGUCUUGCCUUGGUGGUCUCUGCUCAUACCUGUCUCCCAGCCAGAAUGCCCAGUGUUAUAGUGUCCCAUAUUCAACCCCAAGGCUUCCUUCUAUAUCCCCACAUCGGGGUCAGCAGCCAUGGCUGUUAGGCUUCAUUUGCUGCAAACCUUCCAGCCCUGCCCGUGAUUUCUCCCACCAUAACCCCCACCCAAGCCAUAUGUGAUCUGAACCACCUUGAUCCAGAUCCUUGUCCUUUGCGAUGCUAAAGUUAUGCCACACACACAGGACAGGUAGGAAGGCACCUCUCCACGCCACCUGCCCGAUGGCUCUAUCCAUUGAGCUGCUUUUAAGGCUCCCUCCCAUGUUUCCUUUCACCUCCCACGUGCUCUUAGAUGUGAGUGCCAUUAUUACAGGCUUACAACCUGUGUACCACCUGGAGGUUUCCAGACCAUGCCUAAAUGUGGAAUUACUAGAUGAGACUGAGGAAUUGUGGAGACAUGCUGCUGAGCAAGAGCUCGGCAGGUGUUCUUGCAGUGAUGGGAAGGAAGCCUUGAGAACAGUAAAAAAUGUCCUUAUACGGUAAUGUGAAGACAACAGUAUAGAUCUCAAGCUAGCAAAAUAGAUAACAAUAUCAAAACAAAUAACACUGACUAAUUAGCAUGGGCGUAUGAACACUUCUAUGUAGCCAAUCAGAUUGCUCACAAUGGCAUGUGGACAGGCCCCACAACCUAUCCUUGUAGAGAGCACAGCACGUGAUCUAAAGAGAGAAACUAUAUGUGCUGUAAAAAUAAAACAUUAAACGUCUUCGCUUCAUUCC